AUGGAUUGUAUGAAUUCGGUAGAUUCUUCACCUCCAGUAGUGCAAAAGUCUGCAAAUGAUUCGAGAGAAUAUAAAGUGAUGCGUUUAUGCAAUAGGAUGAAAGUGCUUCUUAUAAGUGAUCCGGAAACAGAUAAGUCUGCAGUGUGUUUAUCUGUGAACAUUGAAAAUACAUAUUUGAAGUACAUAACCGAUCAUGGUGGUCACUGUAAUGCUUUUACGAGUCCAGAUAGAACUUCUUAUGUGUUUGAUGUUGCACCUGAAAGUUUGAAAGGUGCGUUGGAUAUUUUCUCACAGUUUUUCAUCUGCCCUCUUUUCACAGAUUCGGCAACAGAACGUGAGGUGAGUGCUGUACAAACGGAACAUGAGAAGGACAUUAGUAAUGAUACUAGACGUCUUUUUCAGCUAGAGCGAAGCUUGUCAAAAAGUGGUCAUGAUUAUACGAAAUUCCUCUCUGGUAAUCGAUACUCUUUAUUUGAGUCCAGUUGUGCACAAUCGGUGAAUACACGCGAAAAGUUGUUGCAAUUCUAUUCAACAUGGUAUUCGUCAAAUGUGAUGGGACUAGUUAUUCUUGGAAGAGAAUCCAUAAAUGACCUAGAGAAACUUGCAGAAGAUAAGUUUUCGGAAGUUAUUGAUCGUAAUGUUGUGCAACCAUCAUGGAACGAUACUCCAUGGCCUGAUAUAUGUCUCAAGAAAAUGGUAUAUGUCGUCCCACUGAAUGACGUCCAUCAAAUGAAUAUAAUGUGGCCUAUUCCUGACUAUAUUCCAGACUAUACAGCUCAAGCCACUAGUUAUGUGACUUAUUUACUUGGUCAUGAAAGUCGUGGAAGUUUACUGAGCUUAUUCAAAAAUGCAGGCUGGGCUAAUCAACUAACAUGUGAUGUUAAUAGAUCAGGAGCUGGGAUUUGUUAUCUGAAUGUGUUCGUUCAUUUAACUUUGAAAGGACUUGGUGAAGAAAUCAAUGAGAUUAUAACAAAUAUAUAUCAAUACAUCAACAUGCUUCACUUUGAUGAACCAAAAAAGUGGGUGUUGGAUGAAAUACAGACUUUAUGGAAACUAGGCUUUCGAUUUCAAGACAAAGAGACACCUUAUGAAUACGUGAUAAGAUUAUCCCGCAAUUUGUUGACUUAUAAGAUGCAAGAUGACGUAAAUAAUCCUUUUAUGGAAACUGUCUAUGAUCCUAAUUUAAUUAAGAAACUUCUAACUUGUCUUACUCCUGAUAAUAGUCGCAUCUUUUUACUUAGUAAAACGUUUGCCGACAAAUGUGUGGAGGAAGAACCCUGGUAUCACACUAAAUACCUUGCUAUUAAUAUUGCUGAAAAUACCUUUUCAGCAUGGCGAAAUAGUCCUUCUAAUCCAGAAUUGAGAUUCCCCGAGCCGAAUUCAUUCAUUACUACUGAAUUUGAUUUGUUGCAAAACAAAUGCCCCAUGAAUGUGGAAAUGCCAGAAUUAUUAAUCGAAACAGAGAUGUCUCGUAUUUGGUACUUUCAAGAUACAGAAUUCAAUCUUCCCAAAGGUUUUAUCAAAUUUCAUAUUGUCAGUUUGUCAACAUUUUGUAGUCCUUUACAUGAAAUACUUUGUGCGUUUUAUGUAAACUUGUUUUUGGAUCAGAUUUAUGAACUUAAUUACUCUAGUGUGUUUGCUGAUAUAACAGUUCAUGUGGGAUAUACUAAUAGAGGUAUCACGCUUUUGUUUUCAGGAUUUACCCAUAAAUUGAUAAAUUUUGUCCAAGAAAUAGUAACACAACUUGUCGAUUAUUGUGAACCAAAAACUGAUCGUUUCGAAUGCAUCCGUGAGAAAAUUUCGCAAAAUAUUACCAAUUUUUCAGUAAAACCAACUCAUCAUCAGGCCUGUACAUAUUUAACGAAUAUUACUUUACACCAUUCUUGGAUUAAUGAUGAUUUUAUUCAAGCUCUAAAAGAUAUUACCUACGAAAAGUUGGUUAAUUAUAUCAAAGAGUUUUAUGAACGCAUUUUUAUCGAAGGCCUUAUAUAUGGCAGUAUCACGGAAGAGGAUGCAAUACAUUAUUACGAAAUGAUUCGAGAUCUGUUAAUACAAAAAUUUGAUUCUAAACCACUUUUGCUAUCUCACAUCGCAACACCUCGAGAAGUUAUAAUUCCUGAAGAUUCCAGUUUUCUUUAUCAACGAUAUAUUUCUGGUCAACCAGCUUCUGCGAUUUACUAUUACCUUCAAUGUGGUGAGCAGUCUACGCUUAACAAUACAUUACUUCAUCUGUUUUAUCAGAUUGUAAGAGGACCCAUUUUCGAUAAACUACAUACGGAACAACAAUUGGGUUAUAUUGUACAGGCUGGACUUCGACGAUCCAACAAACUGCAAGGUUUUCGUAUUUUAGUGCAAUCAUCUUAUCAUCCUAAUAAAAUUGAUAAAUGUAUCGAAGAAUUUCUACUUACUGUAAAUAAACUGUUAGAAGAUAUGUCUGAUGAAGAAUUUAAUGUUCAUGUGCAAUCCCUCAUGACACAUUUACUGGAAAAACCGAAAGGUAUGCAAGAACGAUUUGGGCGUUUAUGGUCUGAAAUUGCUUGUCGACAUUAUAAUUUCAAACGAAAUGUACAUGCGGUUAGUGUAUUGAAAUCACUCAAAAAGAAUAACAUUAUCAAUUUCUUUAAAGAGUAUAUUGAUCCUUCAUCAUGUACAAGAAGAAAAUUAGUAGUUCAAAUAAUAUCAAGUGAGGAACAUUUAUGUGAUUCAGAAUUAGUAAUCAUGGCAAGAAGUUUUUAUGAAAUUCAUUAA